AAACAAGGUGCAGGUCCAGCACAGGCCAGAAUAUUAAUGUUCGCCUGUUUUAUUAGUUUUAAAACCAGUCUUGAUUGCGCAACACUGUAAUAACACCUGAUUGUGACCACUUAUUGAUCAUAUAGGGAUUGAUUUGACAUGAAGUUUGUGAAGGUAGUCCUCCUCCUUCAUUAAUCUCUACACAUUGUGUAAGAACCACUGACAGCACAACCUUUCCUCACCGUUGUGCUGCCAGUACCAUGUUUGUGAGUAGAUACACUGUUUUUCGGUUUCAAAGCCUCACCUUGAGUUCUCUAAAAAUUCUUGUAGUCAUUAGACUGUGACACAUCUCUUUAGAGGACAUUUGCCUUGUGACCAAUAUGUCAGUUGAGCCUGAAGGUGUUGCUUUGGAGCAGGCACUUCUUCCUUGGUCAACACCCUCUCUAUUGAUUUGAGUUUACCAGUUUUCAGCCUUAAUAGUUCGUGUGUUGUCAUUGAACAUCCUAACCAAUUUAAUCUCAUCAAAGGUAAUAGUUUGACUCUGAUGGUUGAAAGAUGUAGCCCUUUCCUAUUAGCAUCCAACACCAUAGCUCAACUUGGCUCAACUCUACUCUACAUAGUUGUUACAAUUGAUAAUAUCUUUAAUGAGGGGUGUAGUCAUGUAGUUGGUUUCCAGAGUCCACAAAGUAGUACGACAUGAUCUGUAUGGGACAGAAACACUACAUAACAAUGGGGGGCAGGAAGCAAUGUCUCAGUCUUCCAUUGUCCUUUCAGAUUCCAAAUACAAUCAGUCGCUGUUGUGAGUUUUUACAAAUUAUUGUGAGGGAGCUGCUCUUCUGAUGAAACCAGUGAUUCAAUCCCCUAGUUAGUUAGUCUUCUGAGUUUUCAGCCCAACUCCAUGAACUUGGAACCCUAGGAAAGUAGGUUUUAUAAAAGUGACUGGUUCUAUGCAACUGUGAUGAGUGGAAAUCCCGCAUAAACUCAUAGAGCCAAGUCGAGCAAGUGGAAAAGGCCCAUUAGAAGCAAUUUGAUGUUUCAAUCAAACAAUAAUUUCAAGCAACAAAACUGGUUAUGGAUAAAGGAGUCUGACUGUGAAUAUGCCAGAUGUCUUCCUGAAAAGGUUUUAUAGUCAGAUCUAACAUUUAACAUUAGGCUUGCUAAUAUACGAAAACUGUAGGCCACAAGCUAUCAAGUUGUUGUGAUGGCAUUAUGCAAAUGGAUCUUCUUAGAUAUCAGGAACCAGAGCCAUCAUAAAAAGUACCUGUAGUAAUACAUCUUUUUCAAAAUUACCUUAUAUCUGAAGUGAAAAGACUGAGACACCACUGAACAAGAGAGGGCAUUAACACGUUAACUUAGGUUCAGGAGAAGGCCAACGCCUCUGCCACUCUAAUGCUACGUUCCGGUUGUACUAGGAACUUCUGACUGGGAGUUUUGAUCUCCCAGUCAGAAAAAUAAACUGGAACGCUCUUCCUGUUGAAGUUGGAUUUCCCACUGGGAAACUAGAAGUAACUCCAACUACCCCCAGUUACAACUUGAAAGAUCAUUGCUGCUCAAUGUGCUAGUAACAGAGAAAAAACUUACUGCUGCAGGAAAACUGUUUAUCCGUCGUCAUCGGUGACCAUGCUAACAACCUUUAGCAUUUGUGGCAGGCUAUGUUGUGGUGAACCAGCUGUUGCAUAGCAGAGAGCAAGGGGGAAAAGAUGAGCAUGAGAGUGACUGACAGCGUUAAGACCCUCCUCCUGGCUUGUUUCUAACUCAGUGGUAUUUCUGCAGUUAGUACUGGGAACACUGGGAGAAGGCAGAAAAGCUAAUUUUUUUUAACAGGUGAUCUGUCUUAUAUUAUUCUUUUAAGUAUAUAAUGAUACUUUUAUCAAAUAUGUAAAAAGCAUUUUUUUCUAAACGUUACAUACUGCAGCUCCCCCAGCACCCAUCUCUUCAUCCCUACCUUGCUUUCACCUCCCAUCAACUCCUCAUUGUUCAUCUCGGAGGGAUGGCGGGUACUAAUCAGACUUCAGAAAAGUUAUUUCCUGAAGACUGGACUCCCACACUGAGUUUUCACCCAAGGCUCCAUUCAUUUAGCUCCCAUAUGACGCAUAUCCUCAUUUGUCCAUCCAUCAGACUCCUUCUUUUAUUAAGUGUUUACACUCAUGUGGUGUGGUGCUUGCUAGUAAAAACUCAGUUCUAAACAGAUAAAUCAGGCUGAAAGUAAACCUUUGGAAUGGUCUUCACAUUAAUCCUAAAUAAAAUUUAAACUCUCUCUGCAACGUAUAAAGGGAAAUGCAGCCAAAUGAUACUUUGAGAUGUUUAUUUAUAUUGGAGCCUGUGUGGAUCAUUUUUGAGCCAGUGAGCAUUACGGCAAAUUCAUAAUAAAUUUGAACUUGUGAAUAUUUUUUGACAUAAACAUCCUUUAAGUUGGAAAAUUAUCUUCCCCUCUAUAAAUGUAGGAUGAUCUGUUUAAACAUUAUCCUGAGGGUUUUUUUUUUCUCACCCAGAUACUGUGACUGUUUUUAUUUAUAAUCAUGUAACACCUCUCUGCAUCCUGUUACACUUUUUCCUGAUCUGUAGGGCGGAGACUAAUGGCCCCUGACAUUGAAAGUCUCCUGAAAGAAAUGCCACUUUUUAGCUCUGCUGUUAAGGUACGAGGACUGUACUCUAUACAAGCCUUUGGAUCUUUUUUCUCAAUUUGGUAAGUCCUGUGGACAACUGGAUCACUAUAGAAAAUAUUAGAAAUGACACCAACGUCAAGAAGAAGAAUAUGUUGUUUUUGUCAAUCUACUGUGCUUCAUUUUUGUGAACAGAAUAUAAACGCGAUCUAAUUUACACAGUACACCAGCAAACUUUUUUUUUUUUUUUUAUCUUACAAACAAGUGGAAAAAAACUUAUGAAGUCUUAGAGAGCCUUUGGUUCAUGUGAAAGGCAAAGUCACAGGCAGGGAGGAGGAUUAUAGGAAGGUCUCCGAGUUGCUUCUUAUCACGCUGUGACAUCCAGCCUGCGGACGCACUCAAGACGCUUCUUCGAGCUUCAGAGGGAAGAAAGGAGGAAAACUCAUGGAAAACAAAAUGCACGGAAAGAUGAGCGCCAUCAGCACCACGUCGAUCGCUGAUUCAACUGAUUCGAAAGUAAGCGACUUGAUUGAUGCUGGAUACAGCAGGUCUGUCAAAGUGGUCGCGCGUAAUUUGGGAAGUCUAGAUCCUUUAAUUCAUGGCUUAAAUUCGAGUGGGGACUGCUCGGUUUAUAAGGACUGCAAUUCUAUUGAGGCGUCAGUUUCUGCAAAACAGUCUUAUGACAGCAACAGUGACUAUUUAAAGUCUGCUGGUGUUCCCUGGGAAGAAUUUCUUAAACAUCAGAGGAGCAGCGCAUCUCUGUCGGAAAGUUUGUCUGCCGCAAAUCUAAGCCUGUCAUCCACACCUGGGGCUUGUAAGUUCAUUAAAGACGAAAAGGAGCCCGCUGUGAUUAUGGACACCCCCUGUCCGAAGUUUGACACAUCACCUGAGAUCCGUACUCUCGACACCUGCUGCGAAACCGACAGCAAGCAACACCUGGGGCUGGAAGUAAUUCCCCGGCCACGGAUGGAGGGCUCGCCUAACUUUCUUAUAGAGCUGACCAAGCCAGAGCAGCUGGGGAACUCCGGAAGAACCGACUCCAGGUGUGCUGUGUCCGCCCAUUCCCAUUCCCCCGCGCCUCACACCACUUCACGUUGGCAGAUCCAAACCCCUACUUCUGAGCCUCCGUACUGGCUCCACACCGCAGCUAUGACCGAGACGGGCGCGUUUCCAACCAGCAGCUACGAAGGGAUUCAGAACCACAACCAGACCCAGAGGAACCCUUCACCUUUCUCCACCUUUCCAGGGAUGCAGCCUCAGAGAAUGUGUGUUAUCUGUGGUGAUGAAGCAUCUGGCUGCCACUAUGGAGUCCUAACGUGUGGGAGUUGUAAAGUAUUUUUCAAAAGGGCAGUGGAAGGCCAUCACAGCUAUCUCUGCGCUGGGCGAAAUGACUGCAUUGUGGACAAAAUUCGGAGAAAAAAUUGCCCUGCAUGUCGCCUCAGAAAGUGUUACCAAGCAGGAAUGAUGCUCGGAGGCAGGAAACUGAAGCGCUUUGGAGCCUUGAAGGCCUUAGGCUUGGCCCCGUCCCUGAUGUUCCAGUCCCAUUUGGCCAUGUCCGGAGAUGGCCAGGCCUUGACCUCCAUGUCUUGUGUACCAAGCAUCCAUGAGCUUCAGCUUUCCCAACAAAUCAUUAACAUCCUGGAAAACAUCGAGCCUGAGAUUGUGUACUCUGGUUACGACAACUUACAACCCGAAGUUCCCCAUCUUCUGCUCAACAGUCUCAACAGGCUGUGCGAGAAACAGCUGCUGUGGAUUGUCAAGUGGUCCAAGUCCCUGCCAGGUUUUCGGAAUCUUCACAUCAACGAUCAGAUGACUCUAAUUCAGUACUCAUGGAUGAACCUGAUGGUGUUCUCUCUUGGGUGGCGCUCUUUUCAGAAUGUCACCAGCGAAUAUUUAUACUUUGCGCCUGAUCUGAUUCUUAGCCAGGAGCAAAUGAGGAGAUCCCCAAUUUAUGACCUCUGCCUGGCGAUCCAGUUCAUUCCUCAGGAGUUUGCCAACCUACAAGUGACCCGUGAGGAAUUCCUCUGCAUGAAAGCCAUAAUAUUACUCACCACAGUGCCUCUUGAAGGUCUGAAAAGUCAGGCCGCAUUUGAGGAAAUGAGACAAAACUACAUACGAGAGCUGUCCAGAGCCAUUCACAUGAAGGAGAAGGGCAUGGUGGCCAGCUCCCAGCGGUUCUACCACCUUACCAAACUGAUGGACGCCAUGCAUGAUAUAGUGAAGAAGGUCAACCUGUUCUGUCUGAGCACCUUCAUCCAGGCCGACGGCAUGAAAGUGGAGUUUCCAGAGAUGAUGUCAGAAGUCAUCGCCUCUCAACUUCCCAAGGUGCUGGCUGGGAUGGUGAAACCCCUGUUGUUCCACACGAAGCAGUAAUACAAACAUCAUUAUGGUGGUGGCCUUUGACUGGAUUACUACUGCAGAAUACUUAAUUCUUCAGACCCUGCAUUCUGCUGUAGUCAGAUGUGUAAACUAUGAUAAAUGCCUCAAGGGAAGGCAAAAAUUAUUUAAAAAAAAUGGAUUGACAUGAAUGUAAAGUGCCUACAAAAGCAUGAAUAUCUUUGAUUAAUUUUCAGUUUUUCAUCAUGUUACAAAAACAAACUUAAAUAUAUUUUAUUUGGCUUUUCUGUAACAGACCAACAUAAAAUAAUAUUUUGCUGCACGUCAAUAUCUAAAGUAGGGGUCAUAUUCGCCAAAUGUUUUCCAUCUUUAAUUGCUUUUUUUUUAUUAUUUGAAACAGUGACAGAAAAAUCUGAGGGCCAUCCGUCAUUUUGUCAGAUUAAAAUUCACACUCCUGACCAAUUCAUGCAGUAGUAGACGUGUUUAACUUUACGUGCAGAGUACAGCUAAGUAAGGCCGUGUCCACACGGAGACGAUUUUCAGUGUAUCUGCAAAAGAUUUUUGGUGUUUAGGCAGUGCGUUCACAUGGAUACAGAGUCUUGUGAGACCACAAACUAUGAUUUUUGGUGACGUUGAAGCUCCAUUUGUUUGGUUUGGUGUUUUUGUGUCGUUCUGUGGUAGUAUUGCAGCGCCACCGAUUGGCCCGGCAUACCUAUUACAUGUUUUCUAUGUGGUGUCCUGUCAUGUAGGCCCACAUUUAUUUUUUUUUAAGUAUUUCUAAAAAUGUAUCAUGCUAAUUUCUCCUCAUUUAGAGGACUUGUCAACAUUUGAGAAAUGUUCCCCAAUUUCAAAACACUGGCAGAAGUGGCUUGUAAUUCCAGUCUAGUGUAGCAGCAGAAAACGGGUUCAGUUUCCAAAUCAACAUCAAAAUUCCCAUGAGAAGUCAUCUGUUUGAGGCAAAUGUGACAAUAGAGUCAGCAGCAACUCUCCUCGAAACAUUUGACUAUGGACAAGUGAGCAAGCGAUCCCGGUCCUUGCAGGACUGUGAGUUCAGGCCAGAGCAGAUGCAUUGUUUGUAAUUUAAGAGCCGUCAUUUUAUUGUUUAUACAUAUUGGUCCCACAGUCAGUGAUUUGUGUUCACAGUGGAUGCAUCCGUCUGCCUAAUAUAUGAUGGAAAGAUAUGGAUUCUCUUAUUCGGGUUGAAUAUUAGUUAAAAUGAACUGAAUGUCCAAUAGUCUCUGUGUUUCCCGAACAACAGAAUAUCUGUACUGAUAAUGAAAUAAAAAUUAAACACAAACCA